ACGUAGAGGUUGUUAAGAGCUUCCGGUUGGAGUGCGGGCAGAGCCGGGAUUCCAUCCGGUGAGCGUGGGCAAGAUGGCGAUGCAAGCGGCCAAACGGGCCAAUAUUCGUUUGCCACCUGAAGUAAACCGCAUCUUGUACAUAAGAAACUUGCCAUACAAAAUAACAGCUGAAGAAAUGUAUGAUAUCUUUGGGAAGUAUGGACCAAUCAGACAAAUCAGAGUUGGAAAUACACCCGAGACGAGAGGAACUGCCUAUGUGGUAUAUGAAGACAUUUUUGAUGCCAAGAACGCUUGUGAUCACUUGUCGGGAUUUAAUGUUUGCAACAGAUACCUUGUAGUGUUAUACUACAACGCCAACAGGGCAUUCCAAAAGAUGGAUACAAAGAAAAAGGAAGAGCAACUCAAAAUUCUUAAGGAAAAAUACGGAAUCAACACAGAAACAAAAUGAGUCAUUGAAUUUUUGCUUCAUUUUUUGCAUUGAUAAUAUGGUUGCUAGGGUUUUGAAGCAUUUUGGAACGCUUAAGUGCUUGGUUUAAUCUCAACAAUUUGAUACUUUGAGAAAGUCAUUUACUUAGGUCAACUAUUGUAAAUGAUUUCUUUGUUUGUAACUAUUAUGCUGAUUUUUAAAAAAAAGACAAUUUAGUACAUUUAUUGGUAUUUAAAUCACUUUGUUUUUACUGUACUUGGUUUGUGUUGAAAAUUUUCUACAGAAUGUGCACUCAUAUAUUAUGAAUCCUAAAACAUUAUUUUGUAUAAAAGCUGUAAUUGUCGUCUCAGUCUCUUAACGACAUUGAAUUAGGUAGUCAGUUAUGGAUAAUGUUUUUUUUAGAAUAGGUUGGAAAGGAAGUAUCUGUAUACUCAAACUGCAAUUCCGUAUGAUCUUCCAUUACUCUCUAACACCCAAUUUGUAAUGCUCAACAUUGUGAAUUACAGAAUUGCAGUAAUCCCAUUUUCACAAGUGUGCACACAAAUUUAGUGUGCAUGUUAUUAUAUGGCAUUAGGUGGUAAUGUUAACCCCAGAACAUACUGUUAGUACAAGACCGUCAAAACAGGGAAACAAAUCGAGUCAGGUUAUCUUUCUUUGUUGGGAAGGUUCACUUCUGUGAGCAUGCUGUGUAUUCUUUAUCUUCAUGAUAAAACCAUUCCCGGUAUAAAACCAGUCUUAUAUUGAUAAAGAGUAAUAUUUAGUUUAACCUGAGAUAUAGGUUUAUAGGAUAGGAAUCAAUAUUUCACAAGUAAAUUAAAUUGCAACAGAAUCUAUUUAACUUUUGUCUGGGUAACUUUACACAUGGUAAGAGCUGCUCUGCUUCUGUGGAAAGGUAAUGUGAAAAUGUCCAUAUUUAUUCUAGUUUUUAAGUUGAGCAAAUUUGAAUCAAUGGAAAUUUAUUUCUUAAAUAUUCACAGGACCUACUUUAAAUUGUACUAAAAUCCACAGAUAAACCAGUUUAGUCGAAUAUAAAUUGGAAUGGAUUCCUGCUGGAUUUAACAACUAUUAUGCAGGUCCUAUUACUGAGAAUGGCAAUAAGCCAAUUAAUAGCAUUUUUUAAAAUAUAUCUGAUUUUAUGUAAGAAACACUGACCUUGCAGAUUAACUUUUUUUUAAAUAAGUAAAAUCAAAUAAACAAAAUUUCUGAAAAUUGCCGCUCAGACAGUAGAGACUGAAAAAGUGUAUGGUCAUUUCUAAAAAAAAAAACAAAGAUAAAACAAGUUUUAAGACACAGUGGAAAGGGGUAGACGAGGGUUCAGAAAGGGGAGGUUUGUGAUGGAUUGGACAAUGCCAAAGUUAAAUAUGGUAUCAAGGAAAAGAUAGGUGGGAGUGGGAUCAGCAAAAUAUAUACAGGCCAUCGCAAGUCAAAACAUGACUGGAGGAGGACGAAUAAUUGAUAAAAAAUAAAUUCGUUUUGAGUCUAGUUGAAAUGUGAAUUUGCUUCUCACACAUUGGGAUAACGUAGGCUAAGGUCAGAGAAAUCAGCAUGGAGUGGGACUGUAAACAUUACAGGCGCUGAUAGCUCAAGAGUAUUGUUUAUGGAUCAGAUGGAAGAUCCCCGAAAAAUGCCUGAUCAAUCCAGGAUAUUGAGAGUGAUAGAAGAGUGAAGCUGUGUGUUACAGAGCAAAGUGUCUUCAAACUGUUCAAAAGAAGAUGGCACAGGAUGCAUUUAGUAGAUAGGUACCAGAAAUGUGGCGGGAAAAUGAGUGGUUCAGAGAGAGGGUAAAAUAUGAGAGAAGGAAUAUGAGAAAUUAAUUCAAGAUGAUGGAUGUGAAAGAGUAUGGGGGAUCCUUGGUUGAGGAAAAAGGUAGACACGCCCAAAAACCACUGGCUUGAAAUGGGGAUAGAAACUUGGAAAGUACAGUGAAGACCUUACUGGAAUAUAGGAUGGCACGUAGUUAAGGUAGCUGGAAAAGUCAGUAGCUUAUAUUUCAAGACUUAAACACAGAAAUUGAGCUUGUAUGGUGAAGGAAAAGAAAGGAAUGGGAGGAGAGGGUUGAAAUUAACAAUAAAGAUUUUUUUUCAUUUCAAGGCAAGAAUGGGAAGUGGUACCUCAUCAAUCAUAUAUUUUGCAACAAGAGAUGAAGGAGAAAAGAUAGACACAAAAUGCUGGAGUAACUCAGUGGGAGAGGCAGCAUCUAUAGAGAGAAGGAAUAGGUGAAUUUUCAGGUCGAGAUCCUUCGGACCUUCAGGAGAGAACGUUCCUAGGCAGAAAUAAAGAAUGUUCAAUAUUUUGUGAUAUAGACAUUUUUUUGUGAUGAUAAGGCAUAAAGGUUAAAAACUAGUUUUUCAAUUUUUCAUAAUAAUUAAAAUUACAAAA